CCUCUCCUCCUCGCUCUCAGAGUUGUUCAGACUUGAGGGAGGAAUGGCGGCCCCUCAGAGUUUCUUCAUCUCUCUCUGCGGUUUAUACCUGCUUUUAUAUUUCCCAUGUGGAUCUACGACAUCGGGCACCAGAAGAGCGAAUCAGGAUCGAUGCGGGUUUAAGGUGCCUUCAAGUGCAGAUGGAGGCCGCAGGCUGGCGGUCACCUUCAGAGCCGACAACUGCUCAUUAAACUACCCACUGGGGAAGCACAUGAUCCGUGAGGUUACCAACGUCUCCUUCAGUCAUCUAGCCUGCGACGAUCAGGCCGCCGUGGUCGUCCACUGGUCUGCGAGCCCACUAGGGAUUGAACACAUUAAAGGCUUCAGAGUUUACCUGGAGGACAAGAAUCCAGAAGGGAAACAGUGUCAACACCUCAUCCUCAAAGACCCACGACAGCUCAACUUCUCCUACAAGAACACGAAGCUGAGCAGUCAGCCGUUCAGCGGUUUGAACUUUGACACCGACUACAUGGUUCGUGUGGUUCCCUUUCCAUCUCAGAUGAACGAGAGUUUCUUCCCUCCGUCUUUCCUCAAAACUAACUCGUGCGAAAUGCUCCUCGGCUCAGACAACCUGGUCUGCAAACCAUUCUGGACACCAAAGACGCUGAACGUGUCUCAGCUCGGAUCGAGCCUUCAUGUGGCCUUUGAUCAGGCUCCGCCCUCGUUUGGUUUCCAUUUCUACUACCUGUACUACAAACUGCGACCGGACGGAUCCUCCAAACUGCAGCGCUGCAAACCGGAUGUGAAUCAGCCCAGAACAACAUGUAUCCUCCAGGACGUCACUCCAGGGACCUACACUAUAGAGUUGAGAGAUGACAGCAACACCACCAGGAUGCACACUCAGCACCACGUCAGCCAGGUCCACUCCCCCUGGGCAGGACCUAUCCGUGCCAUGGCCAUCACUGUGCCGCUGGUUGUCAUGUCAGCAUUUGCCACCCUCUUCACAGUCAUGUGUCGCAAGAAGCAGCAAGAAAACAUCUACAGUCAGCUGGAUGAGGAGAGCAGCGAGUCAUCCAAUCACAGCGCAGCACUGACCACUGAGCGGCCGUGGCCCCGCCCCAAAGUCUUCAUCUGCUACUCGAACAGAGACUGUCCCAAACACACCAGUGUCAUCCAGAGCUUUGCCUUCUUCCUGCAGGAUUUCUGCUGCUGUGAGGUUGUGUUGGACCUGUGGGAACACCUGGAGAUGUGCAAAGAAGGUCAGAUGUCAUGGCUCAGCAGACAGCUGGACGAAGCAAACUUCAUUAUCAUCGUCUGUUCCAAAGGCCUGCGCUAUUAUGUGGAAAAGAAGAGCCGUCGAGGGAAGACACCAGUGAGCCGCCGUGGUAAUGGCAGCAGCUCUUCGAUUACUGCGGUUGGUGGGGACCUUUUCAUUGUGGCUGUUGCCAUGAUUGCUGAGAAGCUGCGGCAGGCGAAGCAAACCGAAGACAGCGGGACUCAGGAGAUGAACCGAUACAUGGCGGUUUACUUUGACUAUUCUACAGAAAGCGACAUCCCCACCAUGCUGAGUCUGGCUACCAGGUUCAAGCUGAUGGACCAGUUGCCUCAGCUCUUCAGUCGUCUCCAUUCGAGUCAUUCCAGUCUGACUGAUCGUGAGCAGCAGCCUCUUAACGUUUCCCGGAGGAACUAUUUCAGAAGCAAGUCCGGGCGCUCACUUUACGUUUCCAUCUGCAACAUGCACCAGCACAUCAGCCAGAACCCCGACUGGUUCGAAAAGCAGCUCGCUCCUGCAGGAGCAUCCUCUACCUCCCCUGACUCCUCCUCCAAACAUCCAUCUCUCGCUGCUGUCCAGGCUCCGAGCCUCCCGCCAAAACCUUCCUGCUUGUCAUCUCAGGCCGAGCAGAGGUUUGACUCUGGCUUGGUGCUGAAUGAGGUGGUGGUGCGAAUGCCAUCGCUGGAGAGUGGGGAGGGUGUGACGGGGAGGAACGUACUCCAGCUGGCCCCUGGUUCCAGCCCUGAUCCCAACCUUGGCCCGAGUCCCAGUUCCACCCCUGACCCCUGUCCCAGUCCUGGUGUCUGUCCCAGUCCAGACCUACCACACUCUUCUCUGUUCAUGCUAGAUCCCAAUUCAAGGUCUGCUUCUGGAAUAUCUGGACUGUUAUCCGAAGACUCUUCCUCCUCCUUGUCCUCCUCUGGUCCUUCCGUCCUCCAGGAUGGCGUUUCCCCUAGUCAGGGACAUGCUGAUGAAGGCCUUCCCCAUGUUCCAGAGGUUCCCCCUCCUCGUGAUUCAGGCAUCUAUGAUUCAUCUGUACCUUCGUCAGAGCUUUCUAUUCCCUUAAUGGACGGACUGUCACAUGACCAGGCAGACUCCUCCUCCCUGGCUGAGAGUGAAUCAUCUUUCUAUGGUCUGAGUGAUGAAGAGGCACCCGCUGCCACACCGCUCAGCUGCAGUGCUGCCACGGUGUGCAAAGCUGAGCUGCACCACCAUCAUCACCUCGAGCAAAAUGACGUUGUUCUCACACCUGUGGCAUCAUUGUAGGGGUAUGCCUUCAGCCAAUCAAAAGAAGGCUCAGUGUGCCAACUCGGACGAAAAAGUUGUCUUUGUGAAGAAGGCGAAGCUGGAAGAACCGGAGUGGGAAACAGAAACUGAGUUCUGGAAUGCUGAUCUGUCAUAACUAUGUUAACCAUUGAGUUCUAGAACACUAUUCCAUGGUAACUAUGAUAACCAGUAUGUUGUGAAACACUUGACCAUAGUGACCAUGGUAACCUUUGAAUUCUAGAAUGUUGAUAAAUAGCUAUGAUAACUAUGGAACCACUGAAUUCUAUAACAGUAUUCUUUUGUAACUGUGGUAACCACUGUGUUCUAGAACAGUAAUGACUGUGAUUGCUAUAGGUAGCCACUGUGUUCUAGAGCAGUAUUUCCUGGUAAUUGUGCCAAUCACUGAUUGCGAGAACACUUUGGUAAUUGCAGUUCUUUUUUCUUUUUUGCCCACUGGAGGAUUUUUGAAAGACUGGAACUCCAGAUGUUGCCAGAGGUGACCAUUUCAAACCAAAGAUGGCCUCAGGCCACUGUGUACUGAUUGGCAGACAGAAAUGUAUGACUUGAUGCCUGGUACCAAAAUGUGAUGCUGUAAACAAACCAGCUGUUCCACUACUUUUUGAUGGGAAAUGCAAGAUAAAGCAGAACCUGAUCAAAGAGUUUACUUGCUGCCCAGGACUGUCAAAGCAGUUCUUACUUAAAGCUGUUGAAUGUAUAAACACCUUAAAGACAUCAGUAGACACUUUUGGACCAAACACUUCUGGGAAACUCCCUUAGAAUAACUGCUCCACAGAAGUGCAUACCAUCAAGGACACUUUUUUUUCUUUUUCAGUUUGCAUUCACACCUUUGGUAAAAAUGCUACCAUGAAGUUUGACCCACCUGGCUGCUGGCAUAGCAACAACUUAUCACAAUUACAUAAUGGAGAACAUGGUAGUUGGAGCCGUUUGUUUGUUUUGUGACAGGCUGAAGAAGGAAGCAAUGGCAUUAGAAAGGGGACAGAUAUAGACUUUGCAGAGGGAAGCACCAAUUCUGGGCUUUUCCAGCAACCACAGCUGUCAUUGCUGCAGAUAACCAAAUAAAUCAUCCCUAUUCUGUGGCCAAACAUGUUAUCAAGUAAACCAAAACAGUUCAGAUCUGCUUUGGUUGUGGUGAUUCUUGUAAUUUUGUUUCCGUCUCUUUGUUUUCUCUCUGUUUUGCUUAUCGGUGUAUACAGUCGAGACAAAACUCUAGCAAAGAUUUCCCAUUUCUUCUGUCACAUACAGGCUGGACUUAACAGAUGCCUUGUCUACUGUCUUUCAUUUUUAGUAAUCUCUGGCUUACAUAGGUAAUGUUUACUAUUCCUAUUUUAUCAUGGCAAUUGCAUUACUCAAAAGGUUCCUCAUGCACUUUUAGUUCUUGUAUUAUACAAAAAUGCAAAAAAGGGGGGACUGCUCUGAUUAAUUUGUAAUAUUAUUUUGUAUUAUCAUGAUUUAAGACCAAAUACUGAAAAGUCUUGUACUAUAAGAUAAAGAAUUAGAUGAAGCUUGUUUAAGAGAUGCCUUUUUUAUUUAAAUGUGCCCACUUGUUUCUGGAAAUACAUUUACAUCAUAAAGAGAAACCUUUAAGAGCACAUCUUGUUUUGAAAUACUUAUGACAUGGCAUGCCUUAUAUUUGUUGACUAAGAUUUAUUGUCGGAGUAACAAAGUAACAGGACCACUAUUAUCCGAUCAUAAAAUCUAAUAUUUUGUUUAAAGAAGUGACAUAAAUGUUAGUAAAGCUGGCUAAUGUGAUAAACAAUGAUGGAAGACUGUCAUUUACGUGAACUCAAAUUAUUUUGCUUUUUGAGUUUUUCUUUUUAAAAAUUGUUUUCUAGCUCAAGAUUGUGAGUUGCUGCUGAACGCGUGAGCAAGGAUUUCUGGUUCAUCUGCAGGUUUGAGUUGGCUGGAAGGGACGAUGUAACAUUUCCUACUUGUAAAUAUAACUUUUAUUUUUCUCUGGAAAUGUCUGAUAUAAUUUUGUAUAGUUAGACUUUUAUUUUAGUAAGCUACUUGUUUUUAGAAAAUGUACUGUUUUAUAGUACCUUUUAUACAGAAAAUAAAAAAUCCAUAUU